AUGUCCCUCCAAACCCCCCGCAUCCUCCCCGCCCACCUCAACGCCUUCCACCCCUCCAGCUCAGGCCCGCGCUCAACACACACCGUCCGCAUCCUAGGCACAGUGACCGGACUCCGCGGUGACCAAGCUACGAUUACGUGUGGCAAUAACGGCGAUGUGACUCUCCUCUUGAAGCCGGAUUCGCAUUUGCAGAUGGGCAAGCUUGUUGAGGUUGUGGGGAAAGUUACUGAUUUGGAAGAUGGUCAGGGUCUUGGUAUUCGGGUAUUGGGCACGACGGACUGGGGUAACCCUUCGGACUGCGACUACAAAAUCUACGAGCAAGUCGUCGAGGCCACCCACCGCUUCAAGUCUAUCUUCUACGACGCCGAGUAA